CGCUUAGUCCGCACGCCGCAGCCGAUAGCGCGGCCGCGCGCUGCUCGCGUCAGUUGAACGAACAACCGCGUAAAAAUACGACCACGGCGUUAAGGAUACUGUUUAAAAUCGCGAGUGUUUUAGUGUUAAAAUGCGACGCAACGUGAAGAUUGUUUUCGGUCUGGGCGCUGCCUGGAUAUUCGCCCUGUUCUAUUACAUGCAGCCUGAUACGACACAAACUAAGGAAGAAAAUAUAGCACUUCGACUCAUAAAGCAGCACUCAGAUAUAGAAGAGCCUGAGAGCAGCCCCGCUUCUCCCGAGGAGUACACGGGAAGUACAGGGAAGUACUUCGACGAAGCGGGAUAUGUCGCGGGGGGUGCGAAGGACAACGACCCCUACGUGCGGAAUCGAUUCAAUCAGGCUGCGUCUGACAACUUAUCCAGUAACCGCGCCGUUCCAGACACGAGGAACGCCAUGUGCCGACUAAAAAAAUACGAUGAAGAUCUGCCCGACACCAGUGUUAUCAUAACCUUCCACAACGAAGCGCGGUCCACACUCCUACGCACCAUCGUUAGUGUGCUGAACAGAAGUCCGGAACAUUUGAUAAAAGAAAUUAUCCUCGUCGACGACUUCAGCGAUAAUCCCGAGGACGGCGCUGCACUGCGGGCGAUACGCAAAGUCCACGUUAUACGAAACUCCAAACGGGAAGGUCUCAUGAGAUCUCGAGUUCGAGGCGCUGAUGCUGCAACCGCACCAGUUCUCACCUUCCUCGAUUCUCACGUAGAGUGCAAUGUACACUGGCUGGAACCACUGCUGCAGAGAAUUAAAGAGGACCCAACACGCGUGGUAUGUCCAGUCAUCGACGUAAUCAGCAUGGACACUUUCCAGUAUAUCGGCGCGUCGGCGGAUCUGCGGGGAGGUUUCGAUUGGAACUUGGUGUUCAAGUGGGAAUAUCUAUCACAUGCGGAACGAAGCACGCGUCUCAGUGAUCCAACGCAAGUCAUAAGAACACCGAUGAUAGCUGGAGGACUCUUCAGUAUAGAUAGGAAAUAUUUCAACAAGCUCGGCAAAUACGACAUGAGGAUGGAUGUGUGGGGCGGUGAGAACUUGGAGAUUUCAUUUAGGGUAUGGCAGUGUGGUGGGUCACUAGAAAUAGUACCUUGCUCACGCGUCGGUCACGUAUUCCGCAAACGCCACCCAUACACUUUCCCUGGCGGCUCGGGGGCUGUAUUCGCUAGGAACACUAGACGAGCAGCUGAAGUCUGGAUGGAUGACUACAAGGAACUGUAUUAUCGAUCACAACCUCUCGCCAAACAAGUUGAUUAUGGAGAUAUAUCAGAACGUGUCGCCAUUCGUGAGAAGUUACACUGCAAACCAUUCAGCUGGUAUCUUGAACAUGUAUAUCCAGAACUUCAAGUUCCUGCGUUAGGAGGUGCGUCUUAUGCCAUCAGACAGGGACCCAGAUGCUUGGAUACAAUGGGUCACCUUGUUGACGGCACUUUGGGGAUGUACCCCUGCCACAACACCGGUGGCAACCAAGAGUGGCGUUUCGAAAACGGUCUCAUCCGGCACCAUAGCCUCUGCAUCUCUCUGUCACCCGAUGACAGAGUGACGGCCAUUCUAGCGGCUUGUGACCCGUCCGAUGACGCUCAGCUGUGGAGGAGGCGCGGUCUCCUCAUCAGGCACGCGAAACUGGACGCGUGUUUGGACUCAGACCGAGCGGCACUAUAUUUAAAACAGUGUGAUGACGAAAAAUUGAGUCAACAGUUUACCUUUUAAAAGUAAAAAUGAACCAUAGGGGGCGUUUCUAAUCAAAUACUUGGAAAUUUCUGUUAGCAACUGUUUGUAAUUCUUCAGAAAAUCACCAAUAACUAUGAUUACUGUAUUUUUUUAAUUGUUUUAUAUUACAAUAAAGUAGGCUCCUCUGUGCGGAUAUCACACAGUGUUUCUUUAGUGGAAACGCAGCUUAUUAUAAAUAGGAAAAGUCGUUUUUGAAUUUAGAUUUCGCGUCUUUAAGUUACACAUAAAAAGAAGUAUUAAUGAAAAAAAAACGGUGAAAUGACAUAAAAAUCUUUUGAUCAGUAUUUAUUUAUGUUUGUAAACUUUAUAUGCAAAGUCUCAAACAAGUAAAUAAUAGUGCCUUGGAUAUAUAAUUCGUGAUCAAGUGCCACACUCACUAGCAUUACUAUACAUAUGAACAAUAUAUUAACUUUUAAUUUUUAGACAAAGUAAGAUAAAAAACCAGUUUAAUUUUCCUCUAUGCAAAAAAAAAAAACAUUCCAUGAUUGUAUUCGAAUUAUUUUUAUAAGCGUUCAGUUAAGUGAUAUAUAGUUUUAAGAUAUCAUAUUUUAUAUGCAACAUUAUAUAAUUUCCAUUCUCACUGAAUAUAUCAAAUGUAUAUCAUACAAGUAACUAUACCGUAUUUGAGUCAGGUUACUUACAUUUUUAAAUACAUUAUAUAGACAUUUAUAGCUUCUACAUUUGUAUAUAAUCAUAUUCAUAUACGAUAAGUUUUAUAUAUAAUCAAUAAUAUAGUUACCAUAGUGUACAUAAUUAUAUUAAUAUAAGCGCCGGGGAUGUGGAAUGAGAACGUAAUGUCAAUAAACACAUCUGAACAGAUGUUGCCGAGUGAUUUGAGAAAACGAUAUUUUAAAUGAAUAUUAAAUAUAACAUUCUUAUAAUUUAAUAUAGACUUAGGUUACAAUUUAUUAUACUUUUUUUUUUGAAUGAACAGUGUUGCCGGUUGCUAAAAAUAUUCUAUUCGAAUAAAACUCGAAUGUUUUUUUUAUUUUUUUGUUAUUAUAUUAUCGUUUGUAAAUAAUUGGUCUGUUCGCCUAAAAGUACAACUUUGAUAUUAGAAAUAACAAUAAACUAUUGUAUAGCAAUAUUUUUUUUUUAAAUAAUUUAGUGUGAAUUUUAAACAACAUUUUUUACGACCAUUAAAAGUAUAGUUUGAAAAAAUGAUACUGUUAAAUUUAUUUAAGUAUUUUUACAAAUGUUAUUAUAAUUAUAAUUAUUUUAUUAUUAUUAUUAUAGUUUUAUCAUUUUUUAGUUUUGUUGUUUUAUAUUAUUUACAUUUAUAUAAGUUUUUUGACGUUUUAUGUAUGAAUUAUAUUAAUAGUUACGGAACGAAUUGUUGGCGAACAAAUGUAUCCGAAUAAUAUAUGUAAUUAUUAAUAGUUUAUGUAAUUCUGUAACAUAAUCUAGACUACUCGUGUAAUAUCUUAAAAGUGUCUAAGUUAAAUGACGGAUAGAUUAAGUACAAAACUUUUCCAUAUAAGCAUGAAGGUUUCAUUGCAUUUUUAUUAUUUAUUAAAUCAAGCACUGCCAUUUAAUAAUAAUAAGUCUUGAAUUAAAAAAUAGCAAUCUCAAUUUCUUAAUGUUUCUCUUUUGCGUCUUUCGAAGUACAAUACACGUAGGUAAUUAUUUCAAAUCCUAAUUCCGAUUUGUUAAAUAAAAAACUAACAUUCCAUAAUGUUUUAAAUUUAUAUGUUGUUUUUUUGAUAUUACAUCGAUAAAGAAGACUUAAACUUAAUAGUUUUAUAUUUCGUACUUACUUUGCGUUUGUUAGCUAAGUUAAUCAACCGAAACGUGUCUCAUGAUAAUGACACUUAGGUAAACCUUAGGCUACAAAUAAAUUCCAUUAAAGAAUAUAUUACGCUUUUAAAAAUUAAAUCGAUAUUAGCAGUACUGUUCAGUACCAACACCACUUACGGCGAUAUGCUAUUAUUUUGAUGCGUUUGUCCUUACGAUGGUAUAACUGUUGUUUUACAAACGAGUUCAGCGGUGAGUUUAAAACUUGACUGAUAUUUCCAUUUUUUUUUAUUUUAGCUGUGUGUGUAACUCUGAGAAACUAGUAUAAAGGAUCGAACACAUCGAGUGCUAGCACUGACUUGUGUUAUUGUAGCUUUUCAACGGAAGUUUCCGUGACCGCUUAUCUUCGCUUCCACUAGUGUGUGCGAUCCUUAACAACAAUAACUAAUCAGAUUAAACAAUAAAAGCCUUAUGUGCGCACGCAACAUUAUAGUGAAGCAACAAACGCGAAUACAGAAUUAAAAGACGCGUUUUUUGCUCUAUCGAGAACAAAAAACGCUUCUUUUUGGUAAUACGUCAAGUGCUGUCACUGUAAUUAUUGAUGUAUUAAAGAAUUGUUAAUUAAAUAAUGUUCCAUGCGCUCCACGGGGCACCUUUUGUUUUAUAAUCUAAGAAUGACUACUAAAUUCUCACCUAUCAAUAGAAUAAAUUUGUAUGUCAUUAUAGUAUAAUUUUAAAUAAAACUAAUAUAAUCGUAAUAAUAUUUCUAAGUACAGUUAUUUCUAAAUUGCUGGAAUAUCAUUGGAUUUUAUGUUUAUUUACGAUGUAUUUAACGAAAACUUUAACUUAUAUAGUCAAUAUAUUAUUUGAAAAUAUUUUAAUUUGUCCUCGGCAAUGUUUUGAACUACAUGAAUGAUGAUUAACACUAUGUUAACAUACAUUAAUAUAAAUACAGUAGAUUCGAAGAUUUACAUAAACUUAACCAGCCAACCAAACUACUUAAUAAAUUGUCGAGCACAAACUGAAUUAUUUUCAACAAAAAGAUCCGAAAAAAAGAAUAAUAUGAUUAUUUUCUUUAAAAAGUUACAACAACACGUUGACGGUCCUAGUCGUAAAUACGAAAAAUUAUUUUAUUUAUAAGAAGGUGAUUUCAUUUAGUGAGAAUAAUGAAUUGAUUAUUAAAUGAUAUUUGCAUAA